GUGGUUUGCGCCAACAACUGAAGACGCACCGAACAAAUAAAGAUAACGCGACAUCAAUUAACGACUUCCGGUUAUAACCGCAAGUGACAGGACACGCCGCAAUCACUCCGAAACGUGGGCCAGGUGUGUUCAACGAACAGCAGCGUGCGCGUCGGCAACUGGGCGAGCAUUCAACUAACACGUUCACUGGCCAGCUGUCACCACCGUCAUUCACAGUCAUCUGGAGAAGGGAGAGUGCGCAUUUUCGCUGAGGCUUAACUUGGCACAGGAAGAUAGCGACGACCGUCGGAAGGAUUAUUUUGGAGCAGUCGUUGGGAAGAGCCGUUGCAGCUUUUUUGCCCGUUGUGGAGUUGUCGCUCCAGUGAUGGAUUAUGCCCGCAAAUCUCUUAACCUCCUGACCUUGUCGUCCUUCUCCAAGUGCGUGACUGCCAGCAUGUCAGCCAGCGCAUCCAUGACCCAGCAGCUUCUGUCAAGGCGAGCGUCUCGGCCAAAACCAUUCCGAGUGACGAAUGCCGACCGCAGUUUGAAGAAGGGCGUCAUGGCGGAUGCGUUGGAAGACCUGAUUAACAAGGUCGGCGACUCGUUAAACGUGCUGUGUGCCAGCGGCCUGGUCCUGGAGGAAGACGGCACAGGUGUGGACACGGAGGAGUUCUUCACGACGCUGCCUGAUAACACUGUCCUCAUGGUGCUGGAGGAAGGGCAGAAGUGGACCCCGCCUCAGAGCGCCCCCUCCAGAGACGAGCUCAGCAAUCGCAUGCCGCAGCGCCGGCUGGAUGUGGCCAAGCUAACCUUUGACCUGUACAAAAGCCACCCCAGUGAUUUCAUCGGCUGCUUGAAUGUCAAAGCGACACUGUACGGCGUCUACUCCCUGUCCUACGAAGUGCGCUGUUCUGAGGCCAAAAAGAUGUUGAAGGAGGCUUUGCGAUGGACCGCCUUCUCCAUGCAGGCCACUGGCCACAUCCUGCUGGGCUCCUCCUGGUACAUGGAGCAGCUCCUGGAGGAGGAGGAGGAGGAGGGGAGCCCCGAGGAGGGCCUGCCGCUGCAUCGGGAGAGCCCGAUGGGUCGGCUGCAGAGCUUUCUGUUGCGUCGGGCAACCUACAGAUGAUGGAAUCCGACAGAGUUGAUGUUACCUUUGCUGCUGAAACCGCGUGCUCUUCUUGGAUGUCGAAUGUAAUCCGCUGGAGAUGAACAAAUAAAGCCGAGUAUUUUUAGUC